AGAUAAGAAACCUAAUGGCGGAAGUCCCGCCCAGGCCGGGUGAAACUUCCGGCUCCAACGGCUUGGGGCUUGUGCUGACCGAGCGGAGCCAGCAGCGCCAGGAUGGUGCUGCUGGAGAGUGAACAGUUCCUGACGGAGCUGACUAGGCUCUUCCAGAAGUGCCGGUUGUCGGGCAGCGUGUUCAUCACCCUGAAGAAGUAUGAUGGCCGAACUAAACCCAUUCCAAGGAAGGGUACUGUGGAGGGCUUUGAGCCCUCAGACAACAAAUGUCUGUUAAGAGCUACUGAUGGGAAAAAGAAGAUCAGCACUGUGGUGAGCUCCAAAGAAGUGAAUAAGUUUCAGAUGGCUUAUUCAAACCUAUUGCGAGCUAACAUGGAUGGGCUGAAGAAGAGGGACAAAAAGAGCAAGAGUAAGAAGAGCAAAGCAGCACAGUGAAGGGCACCAGCUUUCCCGCUUUCACCAACUAACCACUGAAUUGCUAUUUUUCCUUUGGUUUUUAUUUUUGGCCACAAAGCUGAGUUUCUGACUCCCUUUAAUGACUGUUUUCAUGUGAGAUUAGGGUCAUUUUUGGAUGAAGGGCUGCAGUGUUUACAGGGUAGUUACAAGAAGCCAGUUUAUCUUAGAUCUGGCUAAGUGGUUUGUGUUGGACAGUUGUAUAUUCCUGGAUAAUAGUUUACAGACUCUCUAGCCAUCUGUGAAGAGCAGUGUAUUAUUUAACCUGUAUUUAUCAGCACUGACCAACUUUGAUUCUUUUUCCUGCCCCAUAAAAAGGUUCUGGCCACAGCUCCUCAUUCUGGAAUGAUGUGAUAUGAAUAGGCUUGAGGCCCUGUCUUGUGGUUUACUGGAACUGAAAUCUGACAAUUUUAUUAAAAGUUGCGUUAUUUCAUGGGUUUCCCAGCUGGCUGUAUAAUUUUAUCAUCUUAGUGCCUUUAGCAAAUUUGAAUGAGUUUCAUAGCCAAAUAAGAGUUUGCUUAACCAGACUAAGGAUAAGCUUAUUAGAGAAUCAUCAAGAAUAAAGAUUCCAAGUUAAUGAUGA